CUAGCCGAUAGGACUAAGCCUAAUGCUCCCUGUUGAUAGUUCCCACAAGCCAAAACCCAAUCGCAGUACUGUCAGGCUGAAGCCUAGUGAUAGAGCCAACACAAUUAACGGUUUAGAUUAAGUACUGCAAAGUCUCCUGAUUGUCGUGAUCUUAUUAUGCACAAACGACUCUGCUAGAGCCUACAGAAAAAAAAAUGGAACUCGAAAAUCAAGAACACGAAGAAGAAAAUAGAACCCUAAAUCCCGAUCUAGGAAACCAAUCAAUUUCAGAUCCAUUAUCAAAUCAACUCGGCUCAGUAAACGAUCUCUGUUUCGAAAUCUCAUCAUUACAAGACCUAGCAUUUCGAGGUUCAUGGAGAUCAAUUCUAGACAAGAUUUCGAGAUCUCGAAAACUAUCACUUCUUCAAAAACCACACGAACAUUUAAUAUAUCUGUGUUACAAUGUUUUAGCCUUAACAAAACUUCGUAAAUUCAUUGAAGCUUCUGAAGAAUUAGAUACACUUGAAGAUUUUGAAAGUAGUCAAUACAAGUAUGAAACGUAUCCACAGGUUUAUCCAAAUCGGUUUGGUUCAAUGGUUCCUUUUACUCUUCGCUGGAUUCAUGCUGAGCUUCCGAUGAGGUUAGGUAAUCGCGGUGAAACUUUAGAUAGAUUAUAUUUAUUGCUUGAUUUUGUUAGGGAGAAAUUGAGAAUCAAAGAAUUGGAGAAAUUUGAUGUUAGUGUUGAGAAUUGGAGGAAAAGAGAAGGAUUCGUUAUUACUUCUAUAUCUAAUCAUCAUUUGAGUAAUAAAGAAUUUGGUGUUUGUUUGAAAUUAGUGAAAGAUUUAGUUAAUAAGAAUGAAUCGGAUCCGUUGUCUUUAUCGAAAUUAGGUUAUAUUCAGUUGCAAUUUGGUGAUCUUGAGGGAUCGAAGAAUUCGUUUAAUCUCAUUGAGAAUUUGUUGAAGGAUGGAAAUUAUUCUUUAGAUGAAGUAAAGAUGAAGAAUUUAGUAAAUCGUAAUAAAGCUUUGAUUUAUUUGGUUGGAAAGGAUUAUAUAUCAGCUGUGAGGGAGUAUGAUGAGUGUAUUGAGAGAGACGCGACAGAUGUUGUGGCUGUUAAUAAUAAAGCUUUGUGUUUGAUGUAUUUGAGGGAUCUUACAGAUUCGAUUAAGGUUUUGGAGAGUGCAUUGGAGAGUAUUCCGACAUUUGCACUGAACGAGACUGUUGUUGUGAAUUUAUGCAGUAUGUAUGAGUUGGCAUAUGUGGGUCACUCUGAUGUGAAGAAGACUCUCAACAAUUGGAUUGCCAAAGUUGCUCCUGAUGAUUUUGAUUCGUCUUGUACUCGUGUUUAAGGUGUUCAACGAAGAAGCUAGACUUUUAUAAACCCAAAUUGGAAAGCUGGAACUGGAAUUCAUUCCUUGAUUUUAUAUAGGUGUUCAACGAAGAAGCUAGACUUUUAUAAACCCAAGUUGGAAAGCUGGAACUGAAAGUGUGUCAACUUAUAGUCACGCGCUACGGGAAACCCAAUGUAGUGGUGUCUUUUGUCCACUACUUCACAGUAUUAGAAAGUUCUGAUGCAGAUAAAAUGGCAGGUCGUAUUGUAUCUGACAUUCUUUUAGAUGUUUGUAAUCUUUGAGCCUAGCAAUGGGGAACCAGUGUAUUGAUCCAGUGAAGGUUGAAUAUCCGCGAAACUCUAAUAUUGUAAGAUACAAAUACCAUGUUUCAAUUAGUGUUGCAAGACUUAAAAGCUCACAACUCUCA